AAAACAGCUGUGGUGAGCUAAAGCUAGUUAGCAUUGAGUGUGUUUGUGUCAGCGGUUAGUGUCGUUGUCUGAACGGGAAAACCUAGUCAAUUUUAAACCAGGAGUGACCGACUUGUUGUCUGUCAACUCUUCAAACGAUGAAGUUUCAGUACAAAGAGGAGCAUCCAUUCGAGAAGAGGCGGUCCGAGGGCGAGAAAAUAAGGAAGAAGUACCCGGACAGGGUCCCAGUCAUUGUGGAAAAGGCUCCUAAAGCCAGAAUAGGAGAUCUGGAUAAGAAGAAGUACCUUGUCCCCUCUGACUUGACAGUGGGCCAGUUUUACUUCUUAAUCCGGAAAAGAAUCCACUUGCGAGCUGAGGAUGCUCUCUUCUUCUUUGUAAACAAUGUCAUUCCACCCACCUCAGCCACCAUGGGCCUGUUGUACCAGGAGCAUCACGAAGAGGACUUUUUCCUCUACAUUGCCUACAGUGAUGAGAGCGUGUACGGGAGCAGCCAAAGGGAAAUCUGAUCUCCUCCUGCCACUUUCCCAUCUUUCUGAGACCUCCAUCGUUCAUUCAUUUAAAUAUUAAAUAUUAAAUCCAGCUCUGCAGCCUAGACAUCCCAGAGUAAACAUGUCAACUGCACUUUCGUCUCUACUAUACGUCACUGCGCUCUCGGUGAAUUCGUCUUUAUUAUUCUGCAGUCUGAAUUGUAUUUCCUCCACUCUUCAAUAACUAUUCUCAUGAUGUGGUCACUUGGCCAGUUAUUUUCCUAGUGUCAUAACUGAUCAUAGUUUAAUGGAAGGGGGAAAAAAGUGGAUCUAAUCAUCUUAGAAUUAGGCUGUUGCUCCAACUAAUGACAGUUGCUCCAAGGUUGAGAGGGGGGAAAGAAAGGCAGUAACUCUUGAUUUUAAAUCAGCUUCUACAUAUAAUGAAAAGUAACUAUUAGCUGCCCAGUUGUGUCGACCUGCUUGGUAUAAAAAUGUGCUUUGAGCAAAGGUUAGAAAUGAAAUCCUGAUGGAGUGAAAGGAUAACUGUUUUGCAGCAGUUGUUUUCCUAGCACAAGAGUCUGACGUGGCGAGUCUUUUCGUUCCCCGUCCAUUAAAGUAUGUAAGAGCACACAGCGUCCUGCCUGCAUCUGAUGUUAGGAGGAUGAUAGAAUUCAGACUACACAGCCAUCAUCUGCUUCCAGUGGUAUGAAUAUUCUGUUGACCGCUAUAAUGAUUGUUAAUGUUGUUCAGUUUAGUUGGCUUAUUUUCUAAAGGUCUUGUAAAGCUGGGUGCAAUCGUCUUCUUCUUUUUUUUAAGUUUCUCUUUUUUUUUUUUUUUUUAAUGAAAACACAAUUUGAUCUCUGUAUACAGCUACAUUACUGGCUAUUUCUCUCCAUUCAUUACCAUACCUGAUAAAAAAUGUAAUGAAAGUC